UAGGAACGCAUUAUAACCAGCCAAUCGCUGGUCACUUCGACACGCCCUUUAAAUGUUCGUUUUUUUAUGAAUGCAAGUAAAACAGUUAGGGAUUCACUACAGUUUUGUGAUUGUUAUUAUAUUGUUCUAUUUUAUAGUGUUGUCGUAAUUUGGUUUGCUUAUUGUUUAAUAUAUAAUUGAAAAUUUUUGAACUAUAUAUAAUGACUGAACAACAAAUGGACUGUGCUUUAGACUUAAUGAGAAGAUUACCUCCUCAACAAAUUGAAAAGAAUUUAAGUGAUCUCAUAGACUUAGUCCCUUCUUUAUGUGAGGACUUACUUUCUUCUGUAGAUCAACCUUUAAAAAUAGCAAAAGAUAAAGAAUCAGGCAAAGACUAUCUUCUUUGCGAUUAUAAUAGAGAUGGUGAUUCUUAUAGAUCUCCAUGGAGUAAUACGUAUGAUCCACCUUUAGAAGAUGGAUCAAUGCCUUCUGAACGAUUACGAAAAUUAGAAAUAGAUGCUAAUCAUGCAUUUGACCAAUAUCGAGAACUUUAUUUUGAAGGUGGCGUGUCUUCCGUUUAUUUAUGGGAUCUUGAUCACGGUUUUGCUGCAGUUAUUUUAAUAAAAAAGGCUGGAGAUGGGUCUAAAAAAAUUAAAGGUUGUUGGGAUUCGAUACAUGUUGUUGAAGUGCAGGAAAAAUCAACCGGUAGAAAUGCACAUUAUAAAUUAACUUCAACGGCGAUGUUGUGGUUACAAACAAAUAAACAUGGUUCGGGUACCAUGAAUCUAGGAGGUAGUUUAACAAGACAGGUGGAACAAGAUGCACAAAUAAGUGAAACAUCACCUCAUAUUGCUAACAUUGGCAGAAUGGUAGAGGAUAUGGAAAAUAAAAUUCGAAAUACACUUAAUGAAAUUUAUUUUGGUAAAACUAAAGAUAUUGUUAACGGUCUAAGAUCGGUUCAAUCUUUAGCAGACCAAAGGCAACAAGCAGCAUUGAGACAAGACUUGGCUGCAGCAUUACAAAGGCGAAAUGCUAAUAACUGAUUACAAGGACAAGAAAGCUUUGAUUAUAAUUGUGAUUAGGAAAAGCAAAACAAUUUAAAUCACACAUACACAAAUUCAUGGCAACACUGUUAUUUCUACACUAGGUGAAAAAAUGCAAAGGAUUUAUUCUGGGGCAUUUUUAGUUGUAUAUUAAUUUCUUGUUUAUUCUUAACUAUAAUUUUACUUUGUUCAGCAUGUUUUGCAUUCAACAUUUUAGUCAGUUACUAGUAGAUUUAGAUGUAUAUCUAUAAAUAAAACAGAAUUUGUUACUAAAAAAUGUUUUAGUAUAACACACUGUUCUUGCUUUCAUUCAACCUUUUGAAAAGCAAGAAUUGCCUUAAAUGGCUUAAUUCAUGCCUUUGUAUUAAUAUUGUUAAAUUACACACUAAUUUCCCAGAUGACAAAAUAUGCAAGGAUAUUUUGUUAUAUAAUUAAAAUGUAGUAAUUCUUUUCAUGAAGAGAAAUUUAUUCUAUCUGAAUUGAUUUUUAUUCAGUACUUAUAUUUUGCAUGAGUAUAAAAGCAAUGUAUUAAUAAUCUUUUGAUACAGUAUGUUUCAUCUGUUUGAUUAUUCAUCUACUUAUGCAAGUAAAUGAUCAUAAUUGCACUUGCAUAAAAUAAUGAUUCAGGUAUGUGAAGUAUACUGAUACUAUGUUCCAUGUGUAUUGUUAUCUGGGUUGGUGUACUUACAAAGAUCAUAUUCUAGUUGAAUAUAAGAAACCCUAGUACAUA